AACUAUAUACAUUUUGUACCUCAGGCAUUAGGUGUUUAUGCUGUAAGUAAGACAGCAUUACUAGGUCUUAACAAUAUUGCUGCUGCUGCUCUUGUAUCAGAAGGAAUUCGUGUAAACUGCAUAGCACCUGGUUUUAUAAAAACAAAGUUUUCUCAACCACUUAUUGAAGGUGAUUUCCAUGAAGCAACUGUGUCCACAAUACCAAUGCGAAAAAUUGGUGAACCAGACGAGAUUGCAGGUGUAGCAGCAUUUUUAGCAAGUGACGAUGCUGCUUAUAUUACUGGUGAAACCAUUGUUGCUGCUGGUGGAAUGCAAUCUAGACUAUAAAUACGUUUAAAAUGUUGAAUUGUUACAUAUCAUACAUAAUUUCUAAACAUUGCAUUUUACAUAUUUUUUA